AUGCCACUGUUCUCUAUCAGCAACAUAACACUGUUCUCUAUCAGCAACAUAACACUGUUCUCUAUCAGCAACAUAACACUGUUCUAUAUCAGAAACAUAAAACUGUUCUCUAUCAGCAACAUAAAACUGUUCUCUAUCAGCAACAUAAAACUGUUCUCUAUCAGCAACAUAAAACCGUUCUCUAUCAGCAACAUAACAGAGCAACAUGCCACUGUUCUCUAUCAGCAACAUAAAACUGUUCUCUAUCAGCAACAUAACACUGUUCUCUAUCAGCAACAUAACACUGUUCUAUAUCAGAAACAUAAAACUGUUCUCUAUCAGCAACAUAACACUGUUCUCUAUCAGCAACAUAACACUGUUCUCUAUCAGCAACAUAAACCUGUUCUCUAUCAGCAACAUAAAACUGUUCCAUAUCAGCAACAUAAAACUGUUCUAUAUCAGCAACAUAACACUAUUCUCUAUCAGCAACAUAAAACUGUUUUAUAUCAGCAACAUAAAACUGUUCUCUAUCAGCAACAUAAAACUGUUCUCUAUCAGCAACAUAAAACCAAACAUGAAACUGUUCUCUAUCAGCAACAUAACACUGUUCUCUAUCAGCAACAUAACACUGUUCUCUAUCAGCAACAUAAAACUGUUCUAUAUCAGCAACAUAAAACUGUUCUAUAUCAGCAACAUAACACUAUUCUCUAUCAGCAACAUAAAACUGUUUUAUAUCAGCAACAUAAAACUGUUCUCAAUCAGCAACAUAAAACUGUUCUUUAUCAGCAACAUAAAACUAAACAUAAAACUGUUCUCUAUCAGCAACAUAACACUGUUCUCUAUCAGCAACAUAACACUGUUCUCUAUCAGCAACAUAAAACUGUUCAAUAUCAGCAACAUAAAACUGUUCUAUAUCAGCAACAUAACACUAUUCUCUAUCAGCAACAUAAAACUGUUCUAUAUCAGCAACAUAAAACUGUUCUCUAUCAGCAACAUAAAACUGUUCUCUAUCAGCAACAUAAAACUGUUCUAUAUCAGCAACAUAAAACUGUUCUCUAUCAGCAACAUAAAACUGUUCUCUAUCAGCAACAUGCCACUGUUCUCUAUCAGCAACAUAACACUGUUCUCUAUCAGCAACAUAAAACUGUUCUAUAUCAGCAACAUAAAACUGUUCUAUAUAAGCAACAUAAAACUGUUCUCUAUCAGCAACAUAAAACUAUUCUAUAUUAG